AUGCGUUUCACCAUCCCUCUUACCCUCUUUUUCGCCGCCCUGGCUAUUGCUGCUCCGGCUGCGGAGGCAGACAAUGAUGUCGACGCUGCAGUGUCUGAGGACCCUGGUCUGGCUGAUGCGCAGCGUUGUCGGCCAGGAUAUAGACAGUGCAUGGAUAACUGCAACCGUCACCACGGAGGUGAACGUUGCUUCCGGGCUUGCCGGGCUCACUACUGCUAG